GUUUUUCAUUUCACCUCAGCCAUGGCGCCAUUUCACACUUUCCCUCUCUUAACUCACAAUCAUAUAUCUUUAGUCCACUCUGAAAUUCCCUCACUAUUCCUUUCCCUCUAUCUUUCUUUUCACUUUCCAAAGGAAAAUGGGGAAGCAAAGCAGGUCUAAGAAACCGGAGAAUCUGGGCAAAGGAAAAGUCACUCCGGUCCAAGUUGCAUUCAUCGUCGAUCGUUACCUUUCCGAUAACAACUACACCGAAACUCGUUCCAUUUUCAGAAACGAAGCUUCAUCUCUCAUUUCAAAAUCCCCUGUUCGAGAGGCGCCGAAGAGUUUGUUGAGUUUAGGGGCGAUGUUAGACGAGUAUAUUUGUUUGAAAGAGCAAAAGGUGAUAGUAGAGCAGGAAAAAGCUCGUUUGGAGCAAGAAAAAUGCAGGGUUCAGUCCCUUUUGCAGGGAAUGCAAAGCGUAAUGAACGCUUACAAUGCAAGUGCCACUGCAUCAGUGCCUAUGAUUCCUCAUGCUAAUGCAACUAAAACAGUAGCCGUGGUUCCUCAAUCAGAUCCACGUGCCGGAUCUCCUCCAGGCCCUCCUGUGUAUAGUACACCAACUGUUAUUCCAGUAUAUGGUCCUUCUAAUUCCAGAAUGGAGAGAAACAAUUACUCUUCGCCAGUUCCAAGUCAGCCAUUAACAAGAAAUAAAAGGAGCUCGGAAGUUGUUGCUGAAGCCCCAACAGCUGCAAAGAAAACUCGUAGCAGAUCAACUUCUACGAAGUUAGCAACCCAAGGAACAGAGAAGCUGCCAGAGUCUGAUAAUGUAAUAAAUAGACAAGUAGAUGGACAGUUACGUUCUUUAAAUCAAUCAACACCCGCCAGCUGCACACCCAAUGAAUCGACAAUGCACGCAUCUGGUGUUGCAAAGUGUUUGUUCAAUCGGCCACAGCUGUCCCCUCCAACUAAUUCUUCAGGUCCUAAGACACCCCCGCAAGCAGUUUCUCCUCAGAGUGAUAAAUUAAUGACUCCUUUUGGUGAUUCUUCAACUGCUAACCGCGGCCACAGCAAUACUCCUCAAGAGAUCACUCCUGCCAACUGCACUAUAAUUUCAACCGAGAGAGUCACGGUUAGUCCUUUAAAACAAAUGACGUGCUACACCAUUGAGAGGAAUCGUUGCAUUUCUUCUUGUUCACCAGUUAAGACAGGCUUAACGAGGCUUGGCAAGAGGGAUCAUGUAAAGAGCAGGCUGGACUUUGAUGGUUCUGAUGCAACAGUUGAUGUGUACAAGCCAAUAAUGAACGAGACCUCCACGUCUGAGUCUGAAAUAGAUGCAGAUCUCUUUGACCUGGAUUUGCCAAAUUUAGAUGCUUUUGGUGAAAAUUUCUCCUUCUCGGAACUAUUAGUGGAUCUUGAUCUUGGACCUGAUGGAAUUGGCUACCCUUGCCAACCAACGUUGGGUACUUCUGGAUCUGCUCUUUCAGGGUCCUCUCAUGACUCAGGGGAUGACAAUCUGGGGGCUAAUCAAGUCAUGUCAGCGUUUUCAUCUACUGUCACAGAAGUGUUUUCAGAAAAAAACAUGAAUGCAGAAGGGCCCAACACCUUGACAUCAAUGAAGUCUAUAACAAAAUGCAUAAAGAUAUUGAGCCCUGCAAAAGGUCAAAGAACUUCUCCGGAUAAAAACAAUUAUUCUGCUACAAACUGAGUGGUUUUACCAUCAAGAUGACUAGUUGGCUGACUAUCGGUACAGCACUCACUACAAGCAAUAUCUAAACCCUUCAAGCAUUUUAACAUGGCAUUAAGCUAAUUUCUUUGUAAAGAUCAAGUUGUGUUUGCCAAUGUGAUUUUUGUUUAAAAUUUGAGCAACAUAGAUGCUCUACAAACUCAAGAAUUGUUAAUCAAAUGUUGUAUUUUUUAAUUAAUCAUGUAGGAUACUAAAGAUACCAUGGAGAUGUUGAUAGCAUUUUGAUUGUCUAAUCAUGUAAUUCUUUAAUUGAA